AUGGUGCGAAAGGCGCGCAAGGUUGCCAAGGGAAAAGGAGCAAAACAAGCAACAAAGAAGCAAGGCGAAGCCCAACGUCACAAACAGGAGUUGCAGGCCAUCAAGGAAAAAGAUCCUGAGUUCUAUCGGUUCCUCAUCGAAGAGGACCAGCAAUUGCUCGACUUUACUGCCGAUGCAGACGCAGAAAGUGACGGGGAUGACAAGGAUGGCGAACAAGAAAACAUACCAGACAAAGAGAAGGAGGAGAGCUCGGAAAGCUCCCGCGUUCUCACGCUGGAGCGUUUUCAACAGAUCCAGUCAUCCGCAAAGACGUCCAUGACUGCUUUCAAGGCUGUGGCCCAUGCUUACCAUCUUGCUGUCCGCUCCAUUAGCGCCGAGGAGGGCCAAGAUCAGGACAAGGACAACAAGGAGGACAAUAUGCAAAGAUCGAGCAGCUCAACUGCUCGCCGCCGGCGACGGUCGAUGACUAUCGAUAGCGAGGCAACUUUCUCCGCAAUCUUGGAAUGGGGCCUCGAGAAUUUUCUCGAACUUUUGGAACAUCACGCAGGAGCUGAGGGUGAGGCCAAAGAUGCAACUCGAACUCAUGAUGCAACGCGCCUUCCUCGCUGGAAACGUGUGAGGGUUAUGUCACAGAUCUUUUGGGAUGAGACACUCUUUUUGCUGAUCAAUGCGCAGAAUGCAGAGAUGCAGGAGGCUGUGCUGAGGACGUGCAGCAGUGCCCGCGCGCUGGCAUGGCUGUGGCCUUUCAAAAAUUUGCAGAGAAAGUAUUUGAAGACCUGCCUGCAGAUUUGGACGCAGCCCAAGGCAGCAAACGCAUCAGCUUCUUCGACUUCUCCUCGUUUGCUGAGUUUCCUCUUCCUUCGCAAUGCGGCAGCCAUGACACUCUUGAAGGACGGUCUCUCUCUGGAGGACCUUUUGCGCGCAGUGCUGCGGGCAUUUACGGGAGCUACCUCUUCCUACACUUGGCGCUCACUCAACAGCGUCCGCUUUAUGGAAAAUUGCAUUUUGGAGCUUUUCCGACUGGAUGAUGCUGCCGCAUAUCGUGCUGGCUACGUUUGUAUUCGGCAGCUAGCGCUGGUCUUGAGGAACGCCUCUCUGAAGCCGGCUGCGGCAGCCAAAGGAGCAACAGGAAAAGCGAAAGCAAAAUCCAAGGCAGCAACCAAAGGAAACAAGGCAAGCAAGGUUAACAAGGUCGCAAAGGUGGCAAAGGGAAAGGCAAGGGCCAAGUCAAAAAUCGCAGAGGCCCUGGUGAGCUGGCCAUAUGUUCGCGCAAUGUUUUUGUGGACACGGUUGGUGAGUGAGGUGAAGGCUCUGAAAGACUUGGCAUAUCCACUGUAUAUGGUCAUUUUGGGAGCUGUGAAGAGUCAGAGCUCGCUGAACUUUGCGCCUUUUUGCCUGCAUGGGCUACGUGCAUUGAAUGAGUUGGCAGAGAAGACUCAGAAGCUCGUGCCCCUCUCAGCCCUUUUGCUGCGGCUGCUGGACAUGAAUCUGAAAGCUAUCGACAAAGCUCCCAAAGGCUCGCAAGAGGAUACAGAAGAAGUGCACAUUGAGAUUUUGCUGGCACUUCCCACUUUGAAAGAAGAAUCUUUGACGAAACUGGGCAAUUGCAUUUGUGCUUUGUUUACAGAGCACUUGGGACUGCUGAGCCGAUCAGUGGCCUUCCCAGAGCUGGCAGCACCAGUGCUGCUCCAUUUGCGCCGGUUUAGCAAGCACUGUCGCGCAGAAGCUUUGCGGAGGCAGCUAAAAGGCUUGAUCUCGUUUGUGGAAGAGACCCGGGACCAGGUCCAGCGCUUUCGGGAGCAGCUGCAGGACAAGCUGCAUUUCACACAUGCGUCGGGUCAAGGCGUGAGAGUAAACAGCACCUACUGGGAAGCAAGUUAA